CUGUAAGAACCUCAAUUGCGCUCACUUCUUAUUUAGAUGCAAUUAUUUCCCUUCUGCCUAUGAUCUUAUGAAAUCGUUACAUCUAUCUUUCCUAUCACUUUCCCAUUUCCUCCCCAAGCUUCCGGCUCGGAUACUGCAUGCACAUCCCAAAUGUGGUCCAGGUAACAAUUCAUUUGGCCGGGUGGCCCACUACCAGACGGGAGGGCUGCUGAGGAGUUGGUGGAGUCCUGAGGAUAUGGAUCCGCAAGCAAAAACGGGCACCAGCGCCGAAAAAGAUAACGAGAACAGCUUCCCAACCCCCAAAGCCCCGUUGCGCAAUGUCGCAGACUUUUACCGUCGUCAACCCAUUUACGAUAGACGGAUUCACAUCCUGGGUGUAGGCAGUGUGGGACGCUUCAUUGCACACUCAUUGCGCGGCAUUCCGAAUCCACCACCGAUUACGCUACUCUUCCACCGCGGAGGCUUACUGAAAGAAUGGAACGAAUCGUCGAAAAAACUGCAAUUAAUAACCGAUGGCAGCUCAGAGAAGCAAGGAGGCUUCGAUGUGGAGCUAGCGAUCCCGCGUCCUCGCUUUCACGGAAAAGAAGUCAAGCCGGAGGAAAAUGUACAAGACCCAUCAACGUCUUCGGUCUCUCCAGACGCUACGCACCAGCUAAUAGAUGGGGAAUCAAACGAGCCAAUUAAUAGCCUGAUUAUGUGCGUGAAGGCACCGAAUAUUUUAAGCGCACUAUCCGCCGUCAAGCAUAGACUGCAUCCAGAAUCCGUCAUUCUGUUUUUCCAGAACGGUAUGGGCACCGUGGAAGAAGUGAGCAGAGAGAUAUUUCCGGACCCGCAGACCAGACCACAUUAUAUGCUAGGAAUCAACUCCCAUGGCAUGCACACAAGCCCUGAUGACCCUUUUACAGCAACCCAUGCUGGAUUUGGAACCAUAUCUAUUGGAAUUAUCCCCCAUGAACGAAAUCAGGAACCAGGACCAUAUUCGCCCACACUUCAGUUCAAGCCAGGCUUUCAUGAACCCGCAAAGAUUCCCGUGACACCAAAGAACCCUGCAAAUCCAAACUCCAGCAUGAGAGAACCCAUGCCAUACUUCUCCAGGUGGACCCCUAACAGUCGUUAUCUUCUUCGAUCUCUGCUCCGCACGCCUGUCCUAUGCGCCACCGCAUUCUCUCCUCCCGACCUCCUUCAACUACAACUUGAAAAGCUUGCUGUAAACUGCAUUGUCAAUCCCCUGACCGUCAUGCUCGACGCCCGCAACGGAUCUAUCCUUUACAAUUAUCAUUUAACCCGCGCCAUGCGCCUCCUUCUCUCCGAAAUCAGCCUCGUGAUCCGCAGCAUGCCCGAACUCCAGUAUAUCCCGAACGUAGAACAGCGUUUCGAUCCAGGCCGUCUCGAAACCAUGGUUGUCGGCGUUGCCAACAAGACUCGUGAUAACAUUUCAAGUAUGUUGGCAGAUGUGAGGGCAGGGCGCCGGACGGAGAUUGAGUAUAUUAAUGGGUGGGUGGUGAAGAGAGGGGAGGAGUUGGGGAUCAGGUGCUUUAUGAAUUAUAUGAUGAUGAACUUGGUGAAGGGGAAGAAUGCGAUGAUCCAGCUGGAGAUGGGAGAGGCAGUACCGUUUGUGGAAACUAGGCCGGGGGAGGAUGGGAUUAAGAUUCAAGGAGAAACUGGGGAGGGUUAGGCCUGAAUCAUGGCUAGAGGGUCUAAUGGACUUUGUACCUGGUGCACAUCCAUUUCUGUCCACACCCUGACUUGUAAAAUCACCACGAGAUAGCUGGCAGUGGAUCCUAUAUUCACCACUGAGUACCGCGAACUGCCACUUACUAUAUUAAUUGCAAAAUUUCAGACGCAUACGGUA